GUACUAAACAAAAUCUAAUACAAUUUUCAAAUGGCGUAGUGUGUAACUUGACAAUAAAAUGUGAAUUUCAUUUGCUGUUUACAAAUACAAACCGUAAGGUUUUGCAUACUCCGAGGAUCUUUAAAUAGUUUAUUUUUCAUCGAUACGGGCAACGAAGAUACGUGUCACAGCAAGAAAUCUCAAGUGCAACAAAAGAUAUCACUAAGCUGCUAAGUGUUCAACGAGACAGAUUCGAAGAAAUUUUUAUGCAGAACGAUAUGAUCAUCGAUCAUCAUGUGCGGUCUAAAGGGCUGCAAAUGAGUGGCAAAAGAUCUUGGAAAGAAAUGUCGAAGAGACAGCAGUCGGAUGAGGAAAUGUGUCAUAACGACAGCGUGGAAAGGGUAAACGGUCGAUUGGACAGUUCCAUUGCAAAGAGACGAAGAAAAUUCAUUGAACAACCAUCAUUAACAAACGUGGAAUUAGAACAAUUACGCCUGGAAUGUUCUCUGUUAAAAGUCAUUAAUAAAAGUCUGAAGGACGACAAUGAAAGUCUACGGAUGGUCAAUAGGAUAUUGGGGAAUAAUUACGAUAUGUUGAAAGAACGUUUGGAACUCGUACAAUCGGAACAUCGAUCACAGUUAACACAUUUGGAAUAUACCUCUCAGAUCCUUGAAAGUUCGAGUACAAAUAAACAUGAUCGUUCCAAUCAACAUGAUGAUUCUUCCGAAUCUUCAGCAACAUACAAUAAACGCAGACGGUUUGAGGGUAACGGAAGAGGCACUGAUUUGCAGAUUGUUCUAAGAACCGGCAGCACAUCUUCAGAAGGUGAAUUUUCCAGUGACGUUAGCACUGCUAACGACAAAUGCACGAGUGAAACGGAAGAAUUCGAUCAUUCUGAUGCUGUGGACAACGAUGUGAACGGAACGGAAGACGUUGAUCAUUUCAAUGCUAAUGGCAGUGACAUGAGUGGAGAUUCGGAAGACGAUGACGUAGAAUUGAUUGCAACUGAUUCCGAACCGAUCUGUAUUGAUUUGAGUGACAGCAGCAAUGAAAAUGACGACUGUGAAGAUGAUAAAGGGAAUGAAGAUGGAACAUCGGAAAACCUCGAUAACGAUUCGUUUGGAAAUGAAUCACUGAGCGACGAUUUCCUAAAACCAUUAUCACAAUACUCAAUUGUGGGGAGACUAUCGAAUGCCUCUCAGAGUCAAAAGGAAUGAUGUCUCACCGUACUUCGUUGAAGCUCCUGCAUUCAACUGUGUGGCUAAAUUUGACUAUUUGUCGUGUGGAUGCUUUGGUAGGUUCUGGUCGUCAACAUUGAUAAAACAUUUUACACUCAGGCAUUAGGAUUUCCGUGCUUUUUGUUUUGAACAUCUUAGUUUCUU